CGCCGCUUCUCGUUAAGGUUGCCCCUCCACCCCACCAAGUGGCGGCAUCAAACAGUCAUUCAAUAAAAGUCAAGGCUCAAGCGUGUAAAAGAAUCAUUCAACCCAGCAGCAACGGCGAUAUAACUUCACCUUCAACGCGCCUCACCCCACCUCCGCCACAAAACUUCUGUAAUUCUGCCUGAAGUAACAGCAAAAACGGCAAUAGCAGCCAUGGACCCAGAAUCUCCUACACUCGCCCCAGCAACGACCCUGCGCGAUAUCUUUCCUCUCGUCAAGAAGUCACACAUCCUGAACUGUUCAUAUCCCAAAUGGCACGCCACUUACCGCUCUCUGACACCAAAGACACGGAUUAUUCCGCUGACGCCCGAGUUUCUCGCCUACCUCCGCGCCGACGGAAUCGUCCUUCCCGCCGACGAGGAGCAAAUUACAACGCUCGACUCCGAUUCAGAAGACGAGGACUCUUCCGGGGAUGGCGAGAGCUGCCCCACUCUCAAGUUCCCCGAGCUACACCAGAAAAUCAAAGCCACGAUCGCGGAGCUGGGCGGGCGUGUAUCUCCGAAGCUGAACUGGUCCUCGCCUAAAGACGCCACAUUCAUGACGGCGAAUAACACGGCGGAGUGUCGGAUGCCCGGCGAAAUCUACCUCUUGUUCAAAUCGAGCGACUACAUCACUCACGACCUCGAGCACGCAUUCGACGACUGUGUCGACGGCCCGAACUCCAAGGAGCAAAUAACCACCGCGGAUAUCCCGUACUCGCUCGUCCUACGCAAAUGGUUCCAGCUAAACCCGAGUAUGGAGUUCCGAUGCUUCGUGCGCGGCCGACGGCUGCUUGCCGUGACACAGCGGGAGCUGAACCACUUUGAGUUCCUGGAGCCGAUGAAGCGCGAGCUGCUGUCGUGCAUUCGGGAGUUCUUCAAUGAAAACUUGAAGCACACCUUCCCCGACGACAGUUUUGUGUUCGACGUCUACAUUCCCCUCACCGAUCAGGAGGAGAGACGGAGAACGUGGCUCAUCGAUAUCAACCCCUUCGCGCCGCGGACGGACCCGAUCUUGUUUUCGUGGGUGGAGCUGCUGCAGUUGCCAUAUGGCGAUGUGACGGACGGGAAUGAGCUCAGACCGGUUGAGUUGAGGCUGGUAAAUAAGGAUGAUCCCGAGGCAUAUUCGUUUGCAUCGCCGCAGCAUUCGGCGAGUAAGCUGCCACAGGAGGUGGUGCAGGCAGGAUUGCAGGGUGAUGAGGCCAUAUGGGAGUUUGCGGCGAAGUGGAGGGACAUUAUGGGGAAGAUGGAAGAUGAAGCUGAACUUUAAAAAUCUGGAAGCGCAGCAUAGAUGGCGGUAGCACAUGCUUUUGUCGAUUGCUCUUUGCUGGUUCAAAGUCUGUAGGAAGACGAUGCGGUGUAACUUAGAAUUGAUGUCUCUUGCAAAUAUGGCUUUGAUA